AUGCCAAGCCUACGUUUUUCAAUUGACGGGCUGAUAAAUCCAACCGUCUCCGAAAACUCAACGCCGGAAACCGAGGAAGGAACCCCAAGUACCUUGGGGACUUCGGAGGAUGCCAGCGGAGUGGUCUGUCCUGACUGUGGAAAAGUCUUCACCGCCCAGUACAACCUCAACCGACAUAUGCCCACACAUACGGGAGCACGACCAUAUGUCUGCAAGGUGAGCUCCUCUUUGGAGAUUGAAUUUAGCGAGUACAAGUCCUUCCAUCAGGCCUACACUCUAACUUUCCACAUGCACACCCACCGAGAUGAGAAGCCCUUCACCUGUUCUUACUGUAACAAAGGCUUCUGCCGCAACUUCGAUCUUAGGAAACACAUCCGAAAGGUGCAUUUACGGGAGAGCGGUUGUCCUCAGUCGAAGUGCCAAAAUCUGACACCAGCACUCGAAACCCCGAAUGAACCACCGCCAGCUCCAGAAAUCGCUCCCAUUUCCCUUCAGUGUUGGCGUCUUUUUAUUUUCCUCGGUCACGUUGUUUUCAGUGGAAUGGGGAAGCUGCAAAAACUUGAUAACCGAAUACAGGUUAUGCUCCAAAGUGGAGUCAAGCUGAAUUAUCGCACUGUUCUCGUCAUUGUUGGGAAUAAGGGCCAGGAUCAAGUACCUAUUUUGCACCAAAUCCAGACAGCAAUAGUCAAAAAGGGCAUGUUAAAAAUUUUGUGGUGUUAUAAAAAGGAACUUUCAUUUAGCACUCACCGCAAGCGUAAUCUAAGACUUCUAAACAAGCGCCGGAAAUCUGGUAUCAUCAGUGAGGGAACGGUAUUUGAGCAGUUUAUUUGUUCGACCGAUAUUCGUUGGUGCUAUUAUCAUGAAACAAACAAAAUUCUCGGUCAAACAUUCCACAUGUGUGUUUUACAAGACUUUGAAGCUCUUACACCCAACACCCUCGCACGGACAAUCGAAACGGUUGCCGGGGGUGGCCUUGUUGUGUUUCUCCUUAAAUCGAUGGAUUCGCUCCAGCAGCUAUGCACCAUGGCUAUGGACGUUCAUGCACGAUACCGGACCGAAGCACACACAGAUGUUGUCUGCCGUUUUAACGAACGGUUCCUGCUUUCACUGGCACAAAAUCGUCGGUGUAUCGUUUUAGAUGAUCGCUGGAACAUAUUACCAAUCUCAAAAAAGGUUAUCAAUAGCCUUGACUGUUUGCCGGAUCGCGAGCAAUCCGAGUACAUAUCGAAAGAGCAAGCCGAGCUAGCCAAGUUAAAGCUUAUUCUCACGGAGGACGAAUCAUACUUUGCGGCUCUUGUGAAUCUCUGCAAAACCUUGGACCAAUCAAAGUCCCUCCUUCAGUUCUGUUCCGCUCUCAUCGAUGUAACGAAUCCUUUCGAGAAGUCAAAGGCCUCCAAAAAAUCAGAUUUUACCAACAAGCUUUCCCAAUUUGACCUCUCCACACAGGAUUUGAUUACGAGCCUGUCUGUAGGUGGCAGCAAGCGUAACCGACAAACCGUCUCCUCCGCCGUCGUUGUAAUUACCUCCGGCCGUGGUAGAGGAAAGUCUGCUGCCCUAGGUCUUGGCCUCGCAGCCGCGUUUGAUGCUGGUCUCCCAAAUAUGUGUGUUACCGCUCCAAGUCCUGAGAAUCUCUUAACACUUAUGCAGUUCGUUGUGCUCGGUUUGAGAGCUCUUAAGUACGAAGAACACGUGGACUAUGCUGUGUACCGUUCCGAUGACCCAGAGCAUAACAAGGCAAUUAUCAAAGUUGAAGUUACGCGGCGGUUGUAUCGUCAGAGUUUAGUGUACCUCCAACCGUGGGAAGCAGCAGCUGGUUCGGGUGGAGGUUGGCAACCUGAUCUAUUUUGCAUCGACGAAGCGGCUGCUAUUCCGUUGCCAAUGGUGCGCCAGAUGAUAACUGGACCGAAGUUAGUUUUCAUGGCGUCGACAAUCAACGGCUAUGAGGGAACGGGUAGAUCGCUCUCGGUGAAGCUGAUCCAUCAAUUGAGAAAUGAGUGCCAGCUUGCGGACGCCACAGCGACCACAACUCCUACAGAACAGUCAAAGGGACCGUCAGAAAUUGGAAAGGGCUUACAACUGAUGAACAAAUCCCGCCUUCUUUACGAGGUGUCUCUAAAAGAGGCUAUCCGCUAUGCCAACGGCGACCCCGUCGAGAGUUGGUUAAAUAAUCUACUCUGUCUCGACUGUGAAGAAAAACUUGCAUCCACAGCUGAUUCGAAAACUGGUGGCAUUGCUCCAGCUCCUGACCUGUGCCAGCUCUACUACGUCAACAGGGACACCCUUUUCGCCUACCAUGCCUCAACAGAGGUCUUUUUGCAGCGUUUAAUGGCCUUGUACGUCUCUUCGCACUACAAAAAUUCUCCUAACGAUCUGCAGUUACUUUCAGACGCCCCAGCGCACCAUAUUUUUUGCCUCCUUGCUCCCUAUGAUCCGAGUUCUGGUCGUGUACCAGAGAUCCUCUGUGUCAUCCAGGUCUGUCUAGAGGGUAAAAUCAACCGCGAUGUCGUUCUGCGUGGCUUGUCGCGGGGCCUGAAACCCUCCGGCGACCUCAUUCCGUGGUCUAUUAGUCAGCAGUUUUGCGAGCCCAACUUUGGCGAACUGUCGGGUGCGCGUGUCAUUCGGAUCGCCACACACCCAGACUACCAGUCGCUUGGGUAUGGAUCAAGGGCCCUCAAACUUCUGCACAAGUAUUACCUUGGCGAGAUUCCGCUAACGACCCCCGCCUGCGUAAAAUCGCCAGUCACCACAACAGUUACCUCGAAGCCGGAUUCCGAAAAUGAAGACAACGAGGAAGAAUCAGAAGACGAGGAGGAAAUUCCCGAUAACCUCUCAGACGAGGAAGUCAGUGCCUUGGCGCCUAACUCCAAACCCCCCGCCGACAACGACUCGACGUCGCGACUCCUCACCGAAGAGGUGGAGCGACGCCCGUCGGCCAGUCUGCCGCCUCUCCUGAGCAGGCUGAGUGAACGGGAACCGGAGAAGUUGAACUAUAUCGGAGUGUCGUUUGGUGCGACCCCCAAACUUCUCCGGUUUUGGAAGAAGGCCGGCUAUGUGCCCGUCUACCUGCGGCAGACUAUGAACGAUCUGACUGGUGAAUUCUCAUGCAUAAUGCUGUCUGAGUUGUGUCAUAACGAAGAUGCCGGAGUCAAUGCUGAUUGGUUGAAGAGGUUCUAUUUAGACUUUUGCAAGAGAUUCCUCAAGUUGUUGCCGGGACCUUUCCGCGCACUUGAUGCAGCCUAUUCCUUGGAAUUGCUUAACACAAAGACAACUCGUUUCUGGAUGGGAGAAGAGCUGACCGGUAAGGAAGUUCGCAAGCUUUUCUCAGAACUCGAAUUGGAACGUCUUCAUAGAUAUCUUCGCUCUCUCCUUGAUUUUCCAAUGGUGGCCGAUCAACUGCCAGAGCUGGCAUCCCUCUACUUCCUCCGUCGUCUCCCCUCUGUCAAACUGAAUAAAACUCAGCAGGCAAGCUUCCUGGAUGUUAACUUGUUGUUUUGCAUUGGAGCUCAAUUUUGCUUCACACAUGUUUUACAGGUUAUCCUCUGUGGUUUGGGAGUGCAGCGUAAAUCAGUGGACCAGUUGGCGGCCGAGCUAGAACGCCUAUUGGGCACCGAAGGAGGAAUGCGAGGAGCCAAGCAGCAGCAAACCGGGGGCGAUGAUGGCUCCUUCUGGAACAGCGGUCACCAAAAACCUCGUCACACGUCGAAGAAGCUGAAGGUGGAUGGCCAGGAAAGCGUUGACCAGCCAAGCACGGGCUGGGCAAGGCGAAUUCGUGGUUUGUUGUUCGUUAUCAUGCGGGAAUUGGUCAAGUCUUUGGACGACGCACUCAAGGCCUCUGGGGAAGAUUUCAAACCUCAGGUUGGUGGGAAUUAUAUAAAGUCACUUGUGUAUCGCGAUGAAACCACCCCAUCCCUUCUCGAUGCUUCUGCGCCCUCAGACGAGGAAAUGCGUGAACUCAAAGCAGAAGACGACGAUGACGGCAGUGAUGACGCAGAGCUAGGUGACGAGAUCGUUCCAACUGGUGUCCCCACGUCCACGGGUUCGACCCUUGACCCCGAAGAACAGGCGCGACGGGCGGCAUUGGUGAAGGAGCUGUUGAGGGAGGAGGGAGACUCGCAGCUCGCUCGGUAUCAGGUCAAGGGGUCGGAGAAAAGUUGGAAUGCCGCUGUCGCCGGUCACGGGUCCGAACUCUCAUCCCUGCACGUCAGGGUACCACCAGACGAAAGAAAAAACUCGGAAGGUGGUGGAAAGCGCAGACGCGAGGCCCUUGGCGACAAGAUCGAACGAAAGCGUCACCUUCGUUACACCCAGCCAGCGGAAAUUUCGACUGAAGGGAAGAAGCACAAAAAGCAUAAAUACGGUCAAAAUAAGUAG